AGUUGACUCUGAAGCUCACUCUGGAUCUAAAGAUUGAAACUUUCUGGCUGUGUUAUGAACAGGCAUGUGAUUGCCUAAUUGGGUUUUAGCAAAGAUUUAAGAUAUGGCUGUAUCUAAGAAAGAACCGAUGCUGGUGAACGAGAAUUGGGAGAUUGUGCAUGUGCCAGACAAACCCCUAAUCUCUCCAGACCAACAACCCACUGUGGAUGUCAUUGCUUCAAUCAUACACCCAAAAGUUGCCAACACUCUUGUAAGGCGUCUGAACCAAAUAGCACAACUGGAAAAUCUCCGGCAUGUCAAGCGGGUGCACAAGAAAUUUGUUCAAGGAGGAACAAUUCAGUUAUCCGUGAUCUUAUGUCUCGCUUCUGAAAAUGGUAAUCUGUUGGACAACAUACCUCACGAUGUACAGGAGCUUAUGACUUCCUAUCAGUUGAGUCCUUUUAUCACAAAAGUCUGCAAGUAUGCGGCAUUAUCAAAAGAAGAGUGGGAGGAACAAUGCAAACUUUGGCCAACAUCUUUUCAUCCACCAACCUAUAAUAUCAAUGGCAUUACUGGAUUCGGUGAGGAGGAUUCACAGUCAGUGGUUGGCUUCAUGAAGUAUGCUAUUCAGCUGGCGAAAUCUGGUCAUAAGAUGGUAGUCAAUGCUGCAGUUAUAAUAGAUCCUUCAGUUAAACAAGUAAUUGCUACUGCAUGUGAUCAAACUUGCUCUUGGUAUGCUCCUGCGAGCAAGACCACCCUUGAAACAGACUUCUCUAAGAAGACAGAAGCCUCUGUUUCCCAGAGCCAAUCAGAUGGAGUAUUGAGCUAUGAAACUCUGCAUUCAAACAGUUUGCCAUUAUAUACUGGUGUUUGUUGUUUAUAUCCUUGGCGAUGGGCUGAGCAAAAACCAGAUACUGAUUCCUGCUCUUGGCAUCCUUUACGUCAUGCUGCUAUUGUUGCUAUUGAAUCUUCUGCAGCCAGGGACAUAAAUCUUUUCCCCAGUUCGGGGAAAGUCCAAGAUACAUUUGCUGAGACAGGCUACACACAGUCUUCUUCUGUAGGCUCUCCCUCCAAAAGACAAAAGACCCAUUCUACAAAAGUUCACGAUGAGGCUCAUCUGGACACUAAUGAUGACGUUUCCAGUUCUUUAUCAGUGAGGCCUUACCUAUGUACAGGUUUUGACAUUUACCUUGCUUGGGAGCCCUGCAUAAUGUGUGCAAUGGCACUUGUGCAUCAAAGAAUUAGGCGUAUAUUCUUUGCUUUUCCAAACCCAAAUGCAGGGGCAUUGGGAACUGUUCACAGACUACAAGGGGAAAGAAGCUUAAACCAUCACUAUGCUGUAUUUCGGGUCAUGGUUCCUGAAGAAGUCCUUAGUAGGGAUGACGCUGCAACUGAUGAGUAUAACCGAGUGAUCGACAGCCUGAUAAAAAAAAACUGAGUGAUUGACUGUCAACAGAGUGGAUGAGCUCUUAAUAUGCCGAACAAUAUUUUUCCAGAAACCCCAUUAUACAAUGAAUCACACGUUUUAUUCUGUCUUUACUUUUUCGGAACAAUAUGAACAGUGAAAUACAUGGUCACAUGGUUUCCCAAUUCUAGACUUGGUUAUCUUGAACUGAUCUGCAUUGGUAUGGAUGUGAAGUUUUGGGUGUAUCACAUUAUAAGAAUUCAUGAUGAUAAGAGUUCAGUUUGCCCGUA